AUGCAGACUGAAAGGAAAUGGCACAUAGUCGUGGGCAUUAUCUUUCUGCUGGUCACCUCGGGCCAAUGCAUGGACAGCAAGGAAUAUAGGCAGAAAGAAAGUAGAACACUUCUAGAUCUCAUCCUACAGGUCAUUGGGGAGAACCAAGGUGACAAAGGUGUCUCCCGGAGGUAUGCCGGUGGCAUUUACUCUGUAGAGCAAGACUACAAAAUUUCCUCCAGAGAAAAGGCCUUGUUUAUUCCCCGGCUGGACAACAACAGACCAAUAGAAAUUGUCCCAAGAGAUGUUAACUUGAAAGACAAGUUUAUAAAACAUUUCACAGGACCGGUCAAGUUCUCAACUGAAUGCAGCAAGCAUUUCCAUCGACUCUAUCACAACACAAGGGACUGUUCCAGACCAGCAUAUUACAAAAGGUGUGCAAGAUUGCUAACGCGGUUAGCAAUGAGUCCCCUGUGUACACAGUCUUAGAAAUCUGCC